AUGCCUUCAACUAAGCGCGAUUUCUAUACCUCUGAGAGCCCCGGUCGAGAUUUUUCGUGGUUUUCCUUCAGAAGUCCUGCCCCAACAACCAGCAUUGCUCGCGAGAAGGCCGAGCCAUCUACCGCAUAUAGCAACGCCAAGCGUCGCCGCCGCUCGAAGAUGGCAACUGUAUCUGAGGGGCCAAAAGAACAUCCUGCCAUGUUGUUGCCGGCCACGGCCCUGGAUAAUUCAGACGCGAUGACACUUGGACCAUGGUCUGAGUGGGCUGAGAGUGGUGAUAAGAAGUACUUUUGGAGAGCCAGACAAACACCAAACGGUACCUGGGGCUAUCAGUACCGAGAAGGUGAUUCCUCUGCAAGUGUGAAGAGGAAAUCGUCGCAGUAUAAACCUCCCCGGCUACUGGCAGCGCCCUCAACAACAGCCACGGCCGCCGUCUCUGCUGUCAUGCCAACAACACCAAAAGAAGUCCAUGGCUCGGACUCUCCAACAAACUCAUGGCCCACCAUCAUCACGACCUCCACCGGUAUGCCAACCGACGUGGACGGCUCAAAUUCAUCUGCUGCUAGGACAACGAGCACCAAGCUUGCCGCCGAAGAGAGCAGCGGGCACGCACUGCGCAGUCCACGCCCAAUGAUAACUGGGCCGGCAGCUAUUAUGGCCAAGAUUGUACUCGCCUCUCCACCCAGCAAGAAGCCAAAACGACCCCCGCCCUCAUCGCGCAGUAGCAGGCCGGCGGCUCCUGCAGCCAGACGACCGAUGCUGCUAUCGUUGGCGUCGCUGCCCCUGCAGGGGAAAAACGCUCAGCAGCAGCAACACCAGCAACAACAACAGAAGAAGACUGACCAAUCUCUAUCCAAACCGCCAAUAGCCAACCACAAAUCGCCAAAGCCCAAGUCCAUGGCCGACUCCAUGGCGAAAUCCAUGGCCAAGUCCAAGAAGAGUGCUGCAGUCACCACCACCGCGACCACGACUGCCGCCACCAAGAAUGACAGCAAAAGGACCAAGGCGGCGCAGACGGCGAAAGCGCACGCGGACGCGACUGCCCAGGCGAAACGGUUGCACAACAAGCUCAAGUCGGAGAAGGAGCUGAAGAUCGACACCAAGAAGCGAGUCAGGGGCUGGCUCAAGGACGUGCUGCUGGAGACGACGACUCCAGCGCCGUGGGACCAUCCGCUGUGA